GAAUGAAUAACCGUAUUCAUAAGUCAGUGUUUCUACGCAGACCGGGCCCGCAUCAUGCCUCGCCUGGCGCGCUUUUUCGCGAUAUUCGCGCUUGUGUUUCUUCUAGGUGUGAACUGUAAAAAUGUGAGGAAAAGAAGCUUGAGUAAUAAUAUAAAGUGUCACGCAAAUGGAAGAUUUUUCAGGAAUCCGGACCGACCGGAGGAAAGCAUAUGGACGAAGGAAGAGUGCGCAAAAUACUACCUCUGCGUGGACAAAGAGGUCUACGAGUUCCGCUGCUCAGAGGGCCUGCUGUUCGACGUCAACCGGCAGAAGUGCGACUCGGCGCAGAACGUCUUCAACUGCGACAUAUCCACAGAAAUAUUAAUACCACAGCCUCUCUUGGAGCAGGCGAGCUGCGCCAACGACACGCACUUGGGCUGCGCGGAUGGCGCCUGCCUACCCGCGGCGUUCUUCUGCGAUGGCUCUGGCGACUGCAACGACUCUUCUGAUGAGGGCUGGUGUGACGUGUCUUAUGACCCGAAUGCUGCGUUGCCAUGCGACCCUGGCAUGUGCGAACUUCCGAACUGCUUCUGCAGCAAGAACGGCACUGAGACUCCUGGGAGGCUGGUGACCAGUCAGACGCCUCAAAUGAUAACCCUGACGUUCAGCGGGCCAGUCAACCACGAGAACUGGGACAUCUACACGAAGCACCUGUUCACGGAGCGCCGCAACCCCAACGGGUGUCCCAUUAAGGCCACGUUCUUCGUGUCCCAUCCCUACACCAACUACAGACACGUGCAGAAACUGUGGAACGAUGGCCAUGAGAUAGCGAUUAACUCUAUCACACGCCGAGAACCGGAGGAAUGGUGGUCUAAAAAUGCAACCGUAGAAGACUGGUUUGACGAGAUGGUCGGGCAAGCCAACAUCAUCAACAGAUUCAGUAGAGUCAGAAUGGAAGAUUUCAGAGGGCUUCGCGCGCCGUUCCUGUCAGUCGGGUGGAACCGACAAUUCCUGAUGAUGCAGGAGUUUGGCUUCGUUUACGACGCCACUGUGGUGGCGCCACCUGUCAACCCGCCGUACUGGCCCUACACGCUUGACUACAAGAUGCCCCACAGAUGUGCCGGAGACAACCAGUACUGUCCUACAAGGAGUUACGCGGGCCUCUGGGAGAUGGUCAUCAACCCGCUCGUGAACGGCACAGAGACUUGCGCCACCCUGGACCGCUGCCCGACCAAACCGGCAAGAGAUGACGUCUACAACAUCCUGAUGAACAACUUCAAACGUCACUACUUGACCAACCGGGCGCCGUUCGGUAUCCAUCUAGAAUCCACCUGGCUGAAGUCUAGUGAUGAAUAUUUGAUGGAAUUCAAGAAAUUCAUUGAUGAAGUUUUGAAGCUCCCAGAUGUUUACUUCGUCACGAACCGACAAGCCAUUGAAUGGAUGAAGAGACCAACUCCUGUCUUACAACUGAAGAACUUCUAUCCCUGGCUGUGUGGAAGCAGAAGGCUCCUGGACUAUGAAACUGCCUGUCCAAAGCCCACCACAUGCAAACUACAGUCCAAAAUACUUGCUCAUGACAGGUACAUGAUAACCUGCACUGAAUGUCCAAAAACAUAUCCAUGGUUAAGAAAUGAGUUUGGUGUUGAGUGACCAACAGAUACAAACGUUAAAUUUUAUAUUAGUUACCAGUAAAUUAAAUUAUUUGACUUUAAUUUUAAGUAGUUAAUGUACUUUUGUAAAUUGUUUUUACAUCUCAGUAUUUUUGACACAUUUUCUAUGUGAUUUAAGUAAUUGACAAUGUGUGCAAUACAUUACUAAAUGUAAGACUUAUUUAUUAUGACUACAAUAAAGACUUUAAACUUAAA